UCUGGAAGGGGAGGGUAUGAAGUCCUAGUUUCUCGUUCAAUUCGUUACCAAGAUGGUCAAGAGUGGACUUUACCUCGCCAAAUUUGUUAAGCCGCCUCCUCGACAUGAUGAAAAGCGUGAUCUCGUCUACAAAGUCGGCAAAAACAUCGUCAACAUUUGGGAGUUCCUUUUCGAGAAUAAGCCACAAAACAGAGGGGAACGUGCAUAUGUCGUCAAAAGGCGAAAAAUGGAAUCACUUCAGAGGGUGUAUCAUAAGGCACCGACGGAGACGGAAGUUGCAUUUCUAGACCGUUUGGAGAUGAUGUACUUCGACGAACAAAUCGGGGCGCUUACAAUCGCAGCUUAUGCAACUUCUUUUGGGGAAGGCUUCGAUGUUGAGGACUCAGAGGAAGAAAGUGAAGAUGGUACUUUGCAAGUGGCUUUGCCAGAUGAGAGGCAAAAAACUUGUAGCUCGGCUUCGCAGAAGAUGGGUGCGCCGGGCACAUCGUCCGGUUCUUGGGGGGCUUCGAGUAUGGCCGUUAUAGCAGACCAGUUUCAACGGACAAGUUACAUGGCGGGCAACACAACAGCGCUCUCUUCCGGCGCAGUUCGGGAUGAUCCGAGGCUGCAGGCAAUUCUCUCCCCAGAGGUUAUGGCAAGUCCGUCAGCACUUGCACAUAGCCCGGCUACUGUUUUGGAAUUGCUACGCUCUCAAACUCCUCAACCACCUCCGUCUGAGCCUUUGGAGUACGAGAUUGAAGACAUCAUCCCUCCGGACAUUGCACGGCUUCCUGGACCUAUUGUGUGCCGGGACAAUUAUACGGUGAUGCCUGACAACGUAUGGGGUCAUCACAUUAUAUGGCACCCCCACCACUUCCAACCUGCAUUGGCGAGAGGGAACUGGGUAAUGGCUAUAAAAGAAGAAGCGGAGUUGCAAUUUUGCCUCCACGGACGCAUGUCACGAUCCAAGUUUGUCACACACGCCAAAAAUGAGAUUGGCAAGCGACCACUGCGACUUAAUCCGAAGGUUUCUCAAUCAAGACUGGAUGUAAGGACAGAAGAAAUCUUUGAGGAGUUCAAAACAUCUCGAUGGCUUGAGUAUCUGGAAGAGUUCUAUGAUCGAGAAGCAAGUCCAGCUUUUGGAUAUAAUUGGCGUAUCAAAGAGGAACUUGAAGACAAAGUUGGGGAAAGGAAAGGAGCGAGCGGCGAUGAGAGUGGCAAGGGAUCAGGAUCAGGCGGCGGUGCGCUUGGCAAGGGAACAAGAUCAAGUGGUGGUGAACAUGGCAAGGGAUCGGAACCACGGGGCGGUGCAAGUGGCAAGGGCCUGGGACCGAGCGUCGGUGCAAGUGGAAAGCCAAUAAGUCAUGGUGAACUGCAAAAACACGAAAUGUGUCAAGGGCGUCAAGCAACAGAGGGAAAGGUAUCAGGACCAAGCGGCGAUGCACAUGACAAGGUAUCGGGUUCGCCUCUGGGAUUAGGACCAAGCAGCUGUGCACAUUGCAGGGGAUCGGGUUCGCCUCUGGGAAUAAGACCAAGCGGCAGUGCACAUGGCAGGGGAUUGAGAGGCGAUGCAAGUGGCCAGGAUUUGGGAGGAAGCAGCGGUGCAAGCGUCAAGGGCGUAAGUCAUGGAGAACUGCCGAAAUGUGUCGAGGACGUCCUUUCGGAUGACCAAGUUUGGGCGACCACUGUGUUGGCGAGCGAGAGUGUUACUGCGCAAGUGGAUAAUAYUKGUGCACUUGCAGAAUUAGAGAUGCCAUUGGAUAUGCCAGCUGAGAAAGAUGAACAUGAAGUCUCUCUGGACAUGAAGAAUGAAAGCGCGACUGCAGGUGCAAGCGAAACUGCCAAUGUACAGGCCAUCGAAGAGGAUGAAGGACAUACAGUACUAAGUACACGGGAGAAACAUACGCUUGUACAACCUGAACUUAUGGUUGCAAAAUUAGAAGCACAACAGUCUGCUAACCUCAUGAUAUCUAUCGACGAAUCUCCUUUUACACCAUCGCAUGGUGCGAUAGAAGAUCGUGUUGAAGACAAAGUGUUAGUGAGCCACCGAGUGCAUGACCCUUCGUUCCAGAUUCCUUUAGCAACAAAACGCCUCACCGUAGAAGAAAAGGAGUAUCUUGACAUGAUUACAGGCAGCAACGAAGACAAUGAAGCAUACGACAUUGUCGAUUACAAGGGAAGCUGGAAGGUGGGAAAGGAAGACAUCAUGGUCGUCGUCGAGGAUGGGAAAUGGCUAAAUGACAAAGUCGUCAAUUUGUACCUGCUAGCCGUCCAAAUCACCAAUGAUCACAUCAAGGUUGAUUCAGCAUGAGGGGCCGGUCUCAGCUGCCAUGGGGAAAAGGAAGACAAACUAAAGAAGACAAAUGAGGAGGAAGAACUUCAAGAAGAAAAGGACGAAGAAAAGGAUGAUGAAAAAGAGGAAGUAGUAGUAGUGGAAGAAGAAGAAGAAGAAGAAGAAGAAGAAGAAGAAGAAGAACUUGAAGAAGGAGGAGGAGAUGACAAUGAAGAAGAGGAUGCAGGCAAAGAGGAAGGAGAAGGAGAGGGAGGAGGAGAGGGAGAGAAAGGCAGAGGGGAAGGGGAAGGGGAAGGAGGAGGGGGAGGGGGAGAAGAGGGGGGAUGUGGAGAAGAGGAGGGGGAAGAGAGGGAAGGGGAAUGCAAGGACUUCAAAACUGCUAAACAAUUGUAUCCUCUGCACACCACAAAGGAGGUUCUUGAACCCUUCAUCGACAGUUUUAACAGGCGCGGGGCUAAGCCCAGUACUUUGUUGGACCACAUUGAACGUGCCAAGCAGUGGAGGAAGCUGGAGGACAAGAGAAUAAAGGAGGCAGAAAGAACAACUCGCGAUUUCUUCCGAGAAGUAACCAACAAGGCUCUCCUAGCACCGGAGGAGGGGCAAAGGGAUGAAGAUGACAUGGGUGAGGGAGACGAUACGGAGGAAGAAGGAGAGGAAGAGGAAGAGGAGGGAGAGGGGGACAAAGAGGAGGACAAAGAGAAGGACAAAGAGAAGGACAAAGAGGAGGAUAGAGAGGAGGAUAGAGUGAAGGACGGAGAGGAGGACAGAGAGGAGGACAGAGAAGAGGGUGGUCUAAAAGUAACCAACAAGGCUCUUCUAGCACCGGAGGAGGGGCAAAGGGAUGAAGAUGACAUGGGUGAGGGAGACGAUACGGAGGAAGAAGGAGAGAAAGAGGAAGAGGAUGGAGAGGGGGACAAAGAGGAGGACAAAGAGAAGGACAGAGAGGAGGACAGAGAGGAGAAUAGAGUGAAGGAUAGAGAGGAGGACAGAGAGGAGGACAGAGAAGAGGGUGGUCUAAGUAGCUAAGGAGCAGUGUGCCCAGCGAGUCCCUCUGAACAAGCGAUGAAAAUGUUGGCAGCUGUUUUGCGUGAUGUCUGCAAGUCUUGUCAAUCGAAGCCUGCACUUGGAAACAGAGGAGUCAAAGAACGGACGAUCUCUAUACGAUCUCGUGAUGUCCCCUUGAAUGAUUUGGGCCCCUCUAGCGGUGGGUGCCGACUUAAAGCUAAGUCGAUUUAUAGUCCUAUAAAUCAAUGUUGUUAAACAGA